CCACACACUCCUUCCUCUUUUCUUGUCUGUUACCUCGCUCGAUGUUCAUCUUUCCCCGCUCCGUGCGGUUCGGUCCAUCUCCAUUUACGCCUCUUCUACUCUCAUGUGCACCGCUGGCUCUUUGCGUUAUACUAUUUGUUCGCGAGAACGGGAUUAACCGCUUCUUCUUCUUCUUUUUUUUUUUUUUUUUUUUUCUAAAAUAAUUACGAGGGAUAACAUUUAGAGAGAAAAAACAAAACAAAAAACACUGGCCUUUCAUAAAACGGCACUUUGUGGGAUUUGUGACUCAUUUUGCGGAGAAUUAAACUGAGAGAGCCGGUCAUAUUUUACGCACCGAGCUGCGGAUGAAUGAACACCUAUUGAAUUUUUUUUUUUAACAAGAAAACAAUUGGGGAAUUUUUCUUCGCUGUGGCGUUUGUUAGAACCAGAUGAACUAAUUCGGAUAUGUCAAGUUUGAUAUAAAUGGAAUUCCAACACAUAAGCGCAAGCGGGCAACAUCUUUGGAGAGCAUCUUGCUGUGUGGACGCCGCUCCGUCUGCCUUCCUCUGCUCAUCUGCAGGCUAGGAGCCUUAUUACCAGGCUCCUACGAGAUUCGGGGCUUUCUUUGAGUACAUGUGGCGCCGCUGUGCUGUGCGCGUCAAAUGGAGCCGUCAACGAGUCCCUCACGCACAUAGCCUGCUCCUUAUAAUCGACUUUUUCCUGUAUCUGCAAAGCUCUCGGAAUGUUCUUAUCCACAUUUUUUUCCUCAACUGUCUCCUCUUCAACCUAGAAAAAUGAAAAGUACGUGUACUUCUGAAGCUUCCAACUUCAAACAGUGAGCUGACUGAACAACUGUUGCAAGAAAAUUCAGAAGAAUAGCAAUUAGCUUCACAGCACCAUGUUACUGCAAAAGUGGACUCCAUCUUUCGCCCCUUGUGUAUACAUCACAGUCCUGCUACUUUUGCUCCCGGGAGUCCCUCACGUGUCACAAGGCAGCUCCGGCCACGAAAACCCCGGCAGAACGCCCGGUAACUGCUCCAGUGAAGAUAACUGCUCUGAUGGUGUGGUGCUGCCUAUGUGGAAUCCCCAGAAUCCAGUGGUUGGUGAUAAGGUGGCCCGAGCCAUAGUUUACUUUGCCGCUCUCAUAUACAUGUUCCUUGGCAUGUCCAUCAUCGCUGACCGCUUCAUGUCGUCCAUCGAGGUCAUCACCUCUCAGGAAAAAGAGAUCACCAUCAAGAAGCCCAACGGCGAGACGACGACGACCACCGUGCGGAUUUGGAACGAGACCGUUUCCAACUUGACCUUAAUGGCCUUAGGGUCAUCAGCACCAGAAAUCCUUCUCUCCGUCAUCGAAGUGGUAGGCCACAAUUUUGAAUCCGGAGCUCUCGGACCGAGCACCAUCGUGGGAAGCGCCGCUUUCAACAUGUUCAUCAUCAUCGCUAUCUGUGUCUAUGUGGUGCCAGAAAACGAAACCCGCAAGAUAAAGCACCUUCGGGUGUUUUUUGUCACUGCCGCCUGGAGUAUUUUUGCCUACAUAUGGCUGUACCUCAUUCUAUCUGUGUUCUCCCCUGGCGAAGUGGACGUUUGGGAGGCGGUCCUUACCUUUCUCUUCUUCCCACUCUGCGUACUCCAAGCUUGGAUCGCGGACCGCCGACUGCUCUUCUACAAGUACGUCAAUAAACGCUAUCGCGCUGACAAGAACCGUGGCAUCAUCAUCGAAUCUGAAGGGGAUGCCAUGUUCACCAAAAUGGACUUGGAGAUGGACGGCCAGGGGGUCAACUCCCACACUCAUCCGAAAGAAGCUCUGGACGGGAUGCUGGAGGGAGUGGAGGAAGGUGGAGGGCUGAGUGCGGAGCAGGACCAAGAAGAGGAAGCGAGACGGGAGAUGGCACGCACCCUAAAAGAACUAAAGCAGAGACAUCCAGAGAAGGAUAUGGAGCAGCUGAUUGAGAUGGCCAACUACCAGGUUUUGGUCCAACAACAGAAGAGCCGAGCCUUCUACCGCAUCCAGGCCACGCGGAUGAUGAUCGGCGCGGGAAACAUACUGAAAAAGCACGCUGCCGACCAAGCGAGGAAGGUUGUGAGCUGUCAUGAGGCUAGUGGACAAGAGGAGGAUCCCAACACCAUCUACCUGCAGUUUGACCCCUCACACUAUCAGUGCUUUGAGAACUGCGGUUCUUUAAAGCUCUCGGUGAGUCGUCAUGGAGGAGAAGGUGGCUGCACAGUGAAGGUCGACUACCGCACUGAGGACGGGACUGCCAACGCCGGCUCUGACUACGAGUUCGCUGAGGGCACUUUGGUGUUCAAGCCUGGCGAGACCACAAAAGAGUUCACGGUCGGCGUGAUCGACGAUGACAUUUUUGAAGAAGACGAGCACUUCUACGUGCGCCUCAGCAACCCACGCAUUGUCCACCGAGCUGAAGUCUCCAUCUUGGAGCCGCGCUCCAUCUCCUCCGGCAACAGCAUGGCGGGUAUGUCUUCCCACAUCCCCCCAAAAGCCGCCCUGGGCAACGCUCACACCGCCACGGUGACCAUCUACGACGACGACCACGCCGGCAUCUUCACGUUCGAGAGCAAGUCCACCAGGGUCAGCGAGAGCGUCGGAAACAUGCAGGUCAAGGUUCACCGGACGUCAGGAGCGAGAGGCAAGGUUGCCGUGCCUUACCACACCGUAGAGGGCACUGCCAAGGCUGGGGAGGACUACGAGGAAGUGUCUGGCAAACUGGAGUUUCAGAACGAUGAGACAAUGAAGCUGCUGAACGUGAAGAUCAUCGAUGAUGAGGAGUAUGAGAAGAACAAGACUUUCACGAUUAUAUUGGAAGAGCCUAUUCUGCUGGAAGUGGGCCAGAGACACGGAGACACCAACGAUAACAAAACACCAGUAGGGCCAGAAGACGUGGCAAAGAUGGGCUGCCCUUGCUUGGGGGAGCAUACAAGCCUGGAGGUGGUCAUUGAAGAGUCCUACGAAUUUAAGAGCACGGUGGACAAGCUGAUUAAAAAGACCAACCUGGCUCUGGUGGUGGGGAGCAGCAGCUGGCGUGAACAGUUUGUUAGUGCUGUGACUGUCAGCGCAGGUGAUGAUGAUGAGGAAGAAAGUGGCGAGGAGCGCUUGCCCUCCUGCUUUGAUUACAUAAUGCAUUUCCUGACGGUUUUCUGGAAGGUACUCUUUGCUUUCGUCCCACCCACCGAGUACUGGAAUGGCUGGGCCUGCUUCUUUGUGUCCAUCUCGCUAAUCGGCGUCCUGACCGCCGUAACCGGGGACCUGGCCUCUCAUUUCGGGUGCACUGUCGGGCUGAAGGAUUCCGUCACCGCCGUGGUGUUCGUGGCUCUGGGCACGUCUGUCCCCGACACAUUUGCAAGUAAAGUGGCCGCUAUCCAGGACCAAUACGCUGAUGCAUCCAUCGGGAACGUGACAGGCAGCAACGCCGUCAACGUAUUCCUGGGCAUCGGGGUGGCGUGGACCAUCGCCUCUGUUUACUGGAAAAGCAAAGGCAAGACUUUCAAGGUUCACCCAGGAUCUCUGGCUUUCUCUGUCACCCUGUUCACCAUCAUGGCGCUGGUGUGCGUUUUGGUGCUGCUCUACCGCCGCCGUCCGAGAAUAUCGGGCGGGGAGCUUGGGGGCCCACGGACAGCCAAGCUCCUUACCUUCUUUCUCUUCCUCUCCCUGUGGUUCAUCUACAUUCUGCUGUCCUCGCUAGAGGCAUACUGUCACGUGGAUGGCUUCUGAGACACUGUAAAUGUGGCUCCUAUUCUUGUUUAUACACUGCAAGGAAUAUGUUUACUCUUUUGUUUUGUUGUUUUAUUUUCUAUUUUCAAAGAUGUUUACAGCUGUACUGUCAAUUAUCUUGCCGCUAACUCAAUAAUUUAAUGUUAAUCCAGUAAACAAUUUUACCAUUGCUAAACAUUAUUGCUUCCUUUCACCUUUAGGUUAAUAGACAGUUACUUGAGUUUUUACAUUUUUAUGAUAUUUUUUUUCUAGAAAAAUUUAUAUUACAAUUAAAACAAGCAUAUCGAAUGACAACUUGCAUAAACAGAAAGGGAAAAGUAAUUGAAACACACGUGUGCAAUGAUACUGUAUUUAUUACAUGAGCUUUACAUUAAAUAUUCAUUGUAUAUCAUGUGACAGAUGAACGUUGUGUGCGGAUUUUGUGAAAGACUCGUUAUUUUUCUGCACGUAUCAGAUCAAAAGUUUCUCGGAAAUCUAUUUUAAAAGUAUAGUGUGUAACGUUUGAACAAUGAUGUGUCGAUGUGCUCCUGUAAAGUGAAUCUCAGCAGUAAUCUCUUAAUGCUCUUCAUCAGUGUCACGUUUGGUAUAGUCAUUGUUAAAAGAAAUUUUCUUAAAAAAUAUCUAAUAAUUAUAAUAAAAAGUCCCCCAGGGCAGAGUGCCUGCUUUAAAUUGUGUUUACAAUUUGAGCGUGUUUACAUUUGUGUGUUUGUGUGAAACAAAUUGGUGAAAGGCAUUUUAUCAUAGUUAUACAAAUAUCCUUAAUGUUCAGUGACUCAUCAUAUUUCUUCUCUAUCACACUGACACUGUGACCAUUCACUAACAUGACUUUUAGAAAAAAAAGCACAGUAAAAAGCAAAAGUCCCUUUUGCAUUGAGUACAAGCACAAUCACUGAACUGGUUUGUUAAGAGAUGAUAUGUGCCACAUAAGAAGUAGAACUGUCCUUUUUUUUUCAGUUUUUUUUUUUUUUUUUGUAAAAGAUGAUAUGUGCCACAUAAGAAGUUGAAAUGUACUUUUUUAAUUUUAUUUGUAAAGCCAUAUUUAAAGAAUACUUUCAGUAGAAGUGUCAAAUUCCAAUAUAUUGAAAUGCAUGUUUCAUGUAUAAAAAAAAAUGAAAUAAAUGUUGGUAAUUUGUAAUAAA